AUGCCGCCCACGGAAGCAAACGAAGACACGACGUGCGAAGAUGCACCGCCGCCUCGUGUGGACGCUGCCAACGAAGCCCCCCAGGAGCUCGACAAGUCCGCCGACGAGAAGCAGUCCGAACAUGAGCCGAUCUACCAGGACAAUUUCCAGGACAAGUUGCGUCGCGCGCAGGCGUUGCGCGAGCAGCUCGAGCGCAGGCUGCGUGAGCACAGAGAGUAUGAGCGCAAACAGGUGGCCUUGGCGGAAGCUGAUGUGCAGAGGGCCCCGAGAGAGAAGUGCGAAGGUGCGAAGGCCGUGGAUACUGCUACGGCGAGUGAGGAUGGUGAGAGGGGUUGUGGAGGGAUCGCUGGUACUACGGCUACUGCUAUCGACAAGCCCGAGAUCGACGAAAUUGACAAGUACAGGAAGAGCUCCGCCGACUCGCCUACGGCCAACAACAACAACAACGACGACGACGACGACGACGGAGCCCAGUUCCCUCCCCAGGACGCCGCUACGGCCACCGAAGACGAAGACGAUCUCCGCGAGGCUCUCGCCGAGCUGGACAUCCAGGAUUUCGAACGCUCCCCGCCGACGGUCACGAUAAUCGACAUCCCCCGAUCGCACAGCUCACCACUGGGGCACAUCCUACGGUCUUCAUCACCACCUGCGCAUCCCUUCCCGCAACCCACCUCCAAACGUCCCCAAAAACCCGACGAAACGCACCAGCGCCUGCUGCCACGGCUCCGCGCCGCGCUCGCCGCGCUCCCCCCCUCGAGCACCUUCCACGCCCCACGGCACACCGCGCCGCCUCCUCAACACGAACUCGACUUCCACGGUAACCUCUGCUACCUCACCCCGGUCGCCCCCGUCGCCCCCGGCUCACCCCUCCUCCUCUCCGCCGGGGAGACGAUCCUGUCCGAUGUAUCGGACCUCUACCUCGUCCCUAUCACGAACCCUCACUCCUCCUGGACCACCCUAACCCUCUCGCACCCCUCCCCUCCAAAGCGCUUCCACAUCCCUCCCCAUUCGUCCUUCCUCCUCGGCCCGCUCUCAUCCAUCGACCUCCCCGCCGCGCUCGGUCCUCGCGAGCUGAUCCUCCUCGACCCCCCGUGGCCGAAUAAGUCCGCGCAGCGCUCGGGACGCUACAGCACAGCGGACCGGUUUGGCAUCGUGAAGCUGCUGCGCGGGCUAAGGCUGCAGGACGCACUCGUCGAUGGCGCGCUGCUCGCGGUGUGGAUCACGAAUGCGACUGCCGUGAGGAGGUGGUUAAACGAGCUGCUGGAUGGCUGGGGAUGCACGCAGCUGGCGGAGUGGGUGUGGGUUAAGGUCACCGGCGAGGGGAGGCCGGUUGUAAACCUGGAGGACGCGGCGGGGGAGGGGGAGAGGAGGCCGUAUGAAGUUCUUGUUAUUGCGCGGAGGGGGGGUGGGGGUGUAGGCGCGGGGGAGGGGAUAGUGAGGGAUAGGGUCCUCGUCGGCGUGCCGGAUUUUCAUAGUCGCAAGCCGUGCGUGAAGGCGCUGCUUGGGGAGGUGUUACCUGUGGGGUACAGGGCGGCGGAGAUCUUUGGGCGCGCGCUGACCGAGGGGUGGUACACGGUUGGCGAUGAGGCGAUCAAGUGGAAUUGGGAGGGGCAUUGGGUACACGAGCGGGAGAUGGGGGAGGGAGAGGGACAGGGAGAUGUCGCGCCAGAAGGGCAGGCAAGGCUUGUCGCCGGUGCUGCUUUUGAUUUGGAUGUAUAG